GGUGAAGAGCUUGCAAAAUAGCCCAGGUUGUUAAUCCUCGGACACAUAGCCGCUUCUUGAGCUGAGAGACUUGAGUAGUUGAGCGGAUCUUCCUGCACCCUUUCUCUUUCCGGAGAGGGUUGAUCAAGCAAGGAACUGUGUACUUCUUUACUGUGCUGUGGGAGACAGAGUAGGAGAAAUCAAAGUAGAUGCUGCAAAACACAAUGUGUUGGAAAAGCAACUGUGUCUGUUUGGAAUAAUCAUUUAGCAUCUGAAGACACAUUCACGCCUCCCACUAAGCUUGUCCUUCACGUUAUUCCUUCCCCCUGCUGGUGAUCUUCCCUACCCCCUCUCCCUGUUGUGUUUCGACUCUACCAAAACACUAUUUUCUGGAAAUAUAAAACCAGGUGGCGGUUGACAGCUGAAGAUAAAAGAAUAAGCAAGAGGUGAACUGGGAAUGAGAGUGAUGCCCUUUUAUCUUCCCUCUUCGACAAAGAUGAGGUGCUUUCUGCUGGAGCUGACAUCUCUUCUGCUACUGGGAUUGGCAUUUGCACAACGUCAAGUCACCGUUCAAGACGGACCUCUAUACCGCACUGAAAAUUCCCACAUCACUAUCUGGUGCAAAGUCAGUGGCUACCAAGGACCAUCAGAACAGAAUUUCCAGUGGUCCAUAUAUCUCCCGUCUGCCCCAGAAAGGGAGGUACAAAUUGUUAGCACCAUGGACCCAUCCUUCCCUUAUGCGAUCUACACCCAACGUGUCCGGAGCGGAGAAAUCUAUGUAGAGAGGGUCCAAGGGGAUUCUGCUCUGUUGCAUAUCAAGGAGCUCCAAGACAGGGAUGCCGGCGAGUAUGAAUGUCACACACCCACCACUGAUGACAGAUACUUUGGGAGCUAUAGUGCCAAGAUGAAGCUGAUGGUUAUUCCUGACUCCCUCAGAGUGACCUCAGAAGCCCAGACCCUAAACAAAGUGCAACAUGAUUCUCUGGAGCUAAAGUGUGAGGUAUCCAAGAGUACCGUGCAGCACAGCCAUAUUUCUAUCGCCUGGUAUCGACGGAAAGCAGAUGAGCCUGCCGUGGAGGUGAUCUCCCUCAGCCGGGAUUUCGUAUUGCGUGCGGGAAGUGAUUACACCCAACGGCACGCCAGUGGAGAUAUCCGCCUGGAUAAAGUAGGCGAGACUCAGUCCAAGCUUACAAUCUACAACCUGCAGUCUUCUGAUGAAGGCGAGUUUUACUGCGAGGCAGCUGAGUGGAUUCAGGACCCUGACGGCACUUGGUACGCAAUGACCCGCAAGCGCUCGGAGGGCACCAUGGUCUAUGUGGAAGGAACUGUCAGUACUCGCUCUAGUUCUGAUAUGGAUAUCAAUGUCCGGCUAGAGACAGAGAAGAGGACUUACACCGUGGGGGAACCAGUGGAGUUCAGGUGCAUUCUGGAGGUACAGAACGUUGCCAAGAGAUAUUUUUCCAUCUCAUGGGCCUUCAACAGUUCCCUGAUUGCUAGUUUUGGGGCGAAUGCCGUGCCGGUCCUUAACAAUGAGUUUGCCCAACGAGAAGCUCUGGGACAAUUGAAAGUGGCCAAAGAAAGUGACAGCAUCUACGUCUUAAAAAUUUACCGACUCCGCCUGGAGGACAGCGGCAAGUACAACUGUCGGGUAACGGAGCGCUUGAAGACAUCAACUGGUGAAUUUAUUGAUGGGGAGAGCAAACGACCAAAGAACACACCCAUCACCGUCCUGCCCCUCAAGACCAAUAUUUCUGUGGAGGUGACCAACAAUGCCAGCAGUGUUUUAGAAGGAGAGAGCCUGCGAUUUGGCUGCAGUAUCCGCACAGGAUUUAGACCCCAAAACCGGCUCUCUGUCACCUGGCAACUUGUGGACAAGCAGAACCGGCGCAGUGACAUUGUGCAACUUGACCGGGAUGGCACCCUGCGCCCUGGCCCAUCUUAUGCUGAGCGAAGCAGCUAUGGUGGGAUCCAGAUGGAGCAGAUACGUCCUGGAUCCUUCACGCUCGAAAUUUUCAACAGCCUCAAGGCAGACGAGGGCCACUAUGAGUGUCGCAUCACAGAGUGGACACGUAGGCUGGAUGGGGAGUGGCAGAUGAUCGGGGAGCGACAUAAUGGCUCUGCAGUAUCCAUCACUGCCCUGGAUGCUGGCUUUGCAGUUACAGCCAUCUCCCGCACCCCUGGAGUGACCUACAACGAGUCUUUUGAUUUACAAUGUAUCAUCAAACCACAUUAUCCAUCCUGGGUCCCAGUGUCUGUGACGUGGCGCUUUCAGCCAGCAGGCAGCACCGAGUUUCACGAUCUGGUCACCUUCACUCGGGAUGGAGGUGUUCAGUGGGGAGAUAGGUACGUUGGCUUCCGAACCAGGACAGCCAUUGAAAAAUCAGAGUCCAGCAACAACGUGCGCCUGAGCAUCAGCAGGGCCAGUGACACAGAGGCGGGAAAGUACCAAUGUGUGGCAGAGCUCUGGCGGAAGAACUACAACAGUAGCUGGACACGAUUGGCAGACAGAACCUCUAACCUGCUGGAAAUCAGGGUCUUACGGCCUGUGACAAAGCUGCAGGUCAGCAAAUCCAAGCGGAGCAUCACCCUGGUGGAGAACAAGCCCAUUCCCCUGAACUGCUCUGUGAAGUCUCAGACCAGCCCAGACUCCCACUUUGCCGUCCUGUGGUAUGUCCACAGGCCAUCGGACACAGACGGGAAGCUCAUCCUGAAGACCACCCACAACUCUGUGUUUGAGUACGGCACCUAUGCUGAGGAAGAGGGGCUGAGGUGGAGGCUGCAGUUUGAGAGGUCCUUGUCCGGGGGGCUCUUCAGCCUCACAGUCCAGAGAGCCCAGGUCAGCGACAGCGGCAGCUACUACUGCCACGUGGAAGAGUGGCUGCUCAAUCCCAACCAUGCCUGGUAUAAGCUGGCUGAGGAAGUGUCUGGCCGGACGGAAGUCACUGUCAAGUUGCCAGAUAACCUUUUGGAAGUGAACCAGACUCAGAAGAACAUCACAAUCUUGGAGAAUGAAUGGGUGACCUUAGAGUGCCUGGUCACCAACCGGAGCAGCCAGGCUUCCCAGUUGUCUGUGGAAUGGUAUGUGUGGAAAUCGGGCCAUCCAGAGAAAGAAGCAGUGCUCAAGCUGACUCGCCAGGCCACCCUGUUAUAUGGAGAGCUGUCAGCCCUGAACGAUCUGAAGAGCCGAAUGUGCUUGGAAAGCCCCUCUCCGGGCCUCUACCUGCUCACCAUCCAGAACAUGACUGUGCAGGACAGCGGGACCUACGACUGCCGGGUGGAGGAGUGGAUACUGGGUCCCACAAACGCAUGGUACAAACGGGCAGAGGACCUGUCUGGGCUGACAACCAUUGUGGUGAAACAACCAGAUGCCUCGUUGCAAGUGGAUACAACCAUGGCCAACCUCACCGUGACAGAGCAGGGGCAGUUCCAUCUGGAUUGUAACAUCCUCUCCCUCUCCAGCCGGGACUCCCGCUUUGCCGUGACGUGGUUCAGCGUGAAGAUUAAAGAGAAAAGCGGGCCUGCUGGUCGCAAGUAUGCAGAAGAAAGGGAAGCCUUGUUAAGAGUAGGCCAGGAUGCCAUCUUCAGCCGAGAAGCCAGCCCCUGGGAAGGCCGGCUGCGCUUCCAGAGGCUCUCGGCCGUGCUCUAUCGGCUGACUGUGUUGCAGGCAGGGGCAACAGAUGCUGGCAAUUACUCCUGCCGGGUGGAAGAGUGGCUGCCCAACCCCAGGGGAGCGUGGUACAAACUCGCAGAGGAGGAUUCCGGCCUUAUGGCUGUUUAUGUGCAAGACUCAGGCUCGUCUCUACAGUCCAUCAUCUGCUCCAAUGACUCCCUCUUCUACUUUGUGUUCUUUUACCCGUUCCCCAUCUUCGGCAUCCUCAUCAUCACCAUAUUGCUGGUGCGAUUCAAAAGCAGGAAUUCCAGCAAGAAUUCUGAAGGCAAGAACGGAGUCCCCUUGCUGUGGAUCAAAGAGCCACACCUGAACUACUCGCCCACUUGCCUGGAGCCUCCUGUCCUCAGCAUCCACCCAGGGACUAUAGAUUAAAAGUGAGAGACCGACAGAGAGGUGAAGAUGCACCUGGAUCCCAAAGGAAGUGUUUUUGUUGUCUUUUUAUUCAACCUUUGUACUUUUUUGGAUCCCAACUCAGCUCCACCAUGAGGUCCCUCUGAACUUCUGGGACUGGAGGAACUCAGGCACCCUAGAAUGCUUGUGAAGACCCAGCCCAACUGCAAAGGGAGAUGGAAGGUCCAUGUGUUCACUGUAUAUAGUGGUUUUUUCUAACUGGGCUUUCCCCCUCCAUCAGUUCUUAUUGGUUGUCCUUUGGCCUGUAAUUCUGUUGCUCAAAGACACACAAUAUUCUUCUUGUAUUAUUAUGCAGAGGACAAUCCCCAGAGUGCAUUGAUUUUGUUGGGAGCUCUCGUUGUGCCAAAGCUGGGCGCGUUGUUUUUUGAGGAAGCUUGUUUUAUCAAAUGGGCUGGGUUUGACAGAACUUGAGCCUUGGUAUUGGGAGAAGGCCAGAAAGGACUGAAUGGGCUGCCUAUUGCUCUGGGAGAGAAUAGAACCAGAACUGCUCCUAUAGUCCAAGCAGCAGCAGCAGUUUUUCCAGGGCAGAGAGCCUCUGCCACCCCCCUCCGUCUCCAGGUGUUUCUGAUUUGUUUUGGCGAUGGAAAAUGCAUAUAGGGUUGUUUUGCCAUUGGCACAACUGAAUUGCUUGUGCCACUUGCAAUCCAGCAACGGCCUGUGUGUGUGUGUAUGUCAGUCAGUGAGGUAUAGCCCAUGAGCCUUGAUACCCCCCAGUACUGCUGCCUAUACACAGUUGUGUUUACUAGAAAGGCAUUUGGUUGCCCUCUGGGUUUUAUUAAACCCCACUGCCACGCCUUUGGAGACUGCAGGGAUGGAAACCUGAACUUUUAGAAGACAUUCAAACUGACCAAAGUAAUGAUUUAGGAAGUGGGGAGGUGGCUGCCUCUUUAAGUGGGCCUGGCUCCGACUCUGUUCUGGGAUACAGAAACACGGGGCAGAGAAUGAAAAUGGAAGUUUUACUUCCAGUUGCACUAACUACCCAAAUGAAUUUGCAGAGGCAAGCAAGGGCCUCUGAAUAGCCUCCUCCCCCUCUCUCGUUAUGUGUGUGUGCCAUUUUGCUUCUUCAGCUUUAUUUCUCCAGGUGCAACACCCUUCACCAUUCCUCACAGCCCUGCAGAAGCCACAGUAAGUGGACUUCAAGGACAUGCUGUGGCCAAAACAAAACAAAACCACCCCUGCUGUUCUUUCUGUGAAAGACAUGGUGUUAACAAUGUUGGGGCUCAGUAAAGGCAGGGUGCCUACUUUCUGCCAGAGUAAGCCAGAUGUGCUCCUCCUGUGCUGUUUUGGAAAUGCUUGUUAUACCUGGUGGACCAGCACUCUUACAUCCCCUGGUUCUAGUCUCUAGGAUAAGGGGGGGAAGUUGUGCUUUCUAGAAAAUGGCUGUUUUGCUGUCUUCCUAAAAGUCUUCCUGGCAGGUAGUUGCGAACUUUUUCAUGAGACAACCGAAUCUACGCAAGGGCGCAUGCUGCCAGCCACACAUGCCAGUCUGCUUAGCUGCUUUGGCAGGAGGAGGCUGGGGGUAGGGGGCAGCAGAGCAUGCUCUUCCUGUGGAGUGACAUCGUAAAUUUUGAUUGCCCCUAUCAGAGCAUCUUGUGGAGAUAAACGCAUUUGCUUUAAUUAAUGGUGCUUUGCAAGUGGUGUGGGUCCACACAGAGGUUUUAUGUCACCCGUGUGUUCCGCCAGGCAGCUGGUUGCACAUGUUCACCUCACUUACUCUCUGGGUAAACUUGCUGUAUUUACCCAAGCUUUAAUGCUUCUUCAAAAAAACAUCUUCUUUCCUUUGCAAAGGAAGGUUUUGUAGCAUUCCAGUAAAGCAUUCAGAAUGUUCCCCAGACCAAAUCUGCCUCCACAAACUAUUAUUCCUAGAUUAAAAACUCCUCCGUGUGUGUAUCUUGAGAACACACGCACACACCCUUCCACCCUCCUUGCCUUCCUAGCAUAUUCAGAAGGGAGGAAACAAAAAAAGUGAAUGGGAAUGAAGAGCAAAGCAGAAAGAGAGCCCCUAGGUUGUGUCUGUUGUUUUAUAAAUGUAAAAUGUCCUGUACAUAUACUGCUUCAGGGCAGGAGCUCUAACUCAAUUCAGCUCUUAAAAAGGAAACAAGUCAGCAAGAUGAUUUCCUGCCCUAAAGAACAUUGCUCUUUAUCUUCGCAUUGAAAAAUCUGUUGUACUGACCUAGUAGCAUCAAUGCUUCUCUAUAUAACCAGCAGUCCUUCCCUUCCCCUCCCAGCUCCUUCUGUGUAUGGAAAGCUGUCCCACAGCGGCCUCCAGCGGCCAGUCAUUCCAGUCUGUGGCUGUGGACUCUUGGAAAAUAUGCAGAUGUUUUAUCAAAGCCAGUAGACACAAGUGGGAGGAUUGUCCUUUUAGCAGCACCGGUGAUCACACAGGUUACCUUGCAGAGGACUUGUCCAUUACGCUGCCAAGUUGCUGCCCAGUUUUGGGAUCUCGUUUCUUUUCAAAACGUUGGACACUGCCUAUAAGAAACUUUACGGACAACCUUUUCUCUGCCAAUAAACCCAGAGGAAAAGGAACAAGCUACCUUUGCAUGAUGUGGGGAAACAGUGUGGGGUUUUUAUUAUUAUUAUUAAAGAACUUUGUACCAUGUUGCACUAAAUGUUUUAUACAUCACACGAAGAGAGCUGUAGUAAACUGUGUUGAAAGUGUGA